AUGCGUCGCGCCACCGGCUGCCCGCUGAGCCAGAUCUGCCUCCCGCCUCCCGCCGUGCUGGUACGGAGCUUCCCGGUGGCUUCCAGCGCGGAUCCCUGCGGCUUCCAGCGCUUCCCGGCCCUCGGGAGCUCCCGCUGCCGCCCCGGCACCGCCGCCUUCGUGGGCCUGGGCUCCGGCGGCGCGGGUCCCUGCGGCCUGGCGGCCACGGUGCGCGUCCCCGCGUGCUGCCAGGGCCCGGGCGGGUGCUGCGGCAGCGCCGCGCGCCGCAGGCCCUGCUGCUGCUGCUGCUGCUGCUGCGUGACCGAGAGCGGCACCGCCAGCCGGGAAUACUGCCGGGAGCUGGGCCAGAGAGCCACGGCCGCCUGCCGGGAGCCGUGUCGUCAGGAGGUCACCAAAUGCACAACCACGUGUCAGGAUCAGUGUCGUCAGGGGGUGACCGCGUGUGGCACCGCGUGUGUGGAUCCCUGCUGCCAGGAGGUCACCAAGUGCACAACCACGUGCCAGGAGCCGUGUGGUAAAGAAGUCACCAAGUGUGUCACCACGUGCCAGGAUCAGUGUCGUCAGGAGGUCACCAAAUGCACAACCGUGUGCCAGGAUCAGUGUCGUCAGGAGGUCACCAAGUGUGUCACCACGUGUGUGGAUCCGUGUUGUAAAGAGGUCACCAAGUGUGUCACCACGUGUGUGGAUCCGUGUCGUCAGGAGGUCACCAAAUGCACUACCACGUGUCAGGAUCCGUGCUGUCAAGAGGUCACCAAGUGUGUCACCACGUGCCAGGAGCCGUGUCGUCAGGAGGUCACCAAGUGUGUCACCACGUGUGUGGAUCCGUGCUGUCAGGAGGUCACCAAAUGCACUACCACGUGUCAGGAUCCGUGUUGUAAAGAAGUCACCAAGUGUGUCACCACGUGUGUGGAUCCAUGUUGUCAGGAGGUCACCAAAUGCACUACCACGUGUCAGGAUCCGUGCUGUCAAGAGGUCACCAAGUGUGUCACCACGUGCCAGGAGCCGUGUCGUCAGGAGGUCACCAAAUGCACUACCACGUGUCAGGAUCCGUGCUGUCAAGAGGUCACCAAGUGUGUCACCACGUGCCAGGAGCCGUGUCGUCAGGAGGUCACCAAGUGUGUCACCACGUGUGUGGAUCCAUGUUGUCAGGAGGUCACCAAAUGCACUACAGUGUGUCAGGAUCUGUGUUGUAAAGAGGUCACCAAGUGUGUCACCACGUGUCAGGAUCCGUGCUGCAAGGAGGUCACAAAAUGCACUACAACGUGUGUGGAUCCGUGUUGUAAAGAGGUCACCAAGUGUGUCACCACGUGUCAGGAUCCGUGUCAUCAGGAAGUCACCAAGUGUGUCACCACGUGUCAGGAUCCCUGCUGCCAGGAGGUCACCACAUGCGUCACCACGUGCCAGGAUCCGUGUUGUAAAGAUGUCACCAAGUGCGUCACCACGUAUCAAGAUCCGUGCUGCCAGGAGGUCACCAAGUGUGUCACCACAACGUGCCAGGACCCCUGUUGCAAAGAAGUGACCAAGUGUGUCACCACGUGCCAGGAUCCGUGUUGUAAGGAAGUCACCAAGUGCGUCACCACCUGCCAGGACCCCUGUUGUAAGGAGGUGACCAAGUGCACCACCACGUGCCAGGAUCCGUGCUGCAAAGAAGUGACCAAGUGUGUCACCACGUGUCAGGAUCUGUGUCGUCAGGAUGUCACGUGCACAACCACGUGUCAAGAUCCAUGUUGCAAGGAAGUCACCAAGUGUGUCACCACGUGUCAGGAUCCCUGCUGCCAGGAGGUCACCAAGUGUGUCACCACAACGUGCCAGGACCCCUGUUGCAAAGAAGUGACCAAGUGUGUCACCACGUGUCAGGAUCCGUGCUGCCAGGAGGUCACCAAGUGUGUCACCACGUGUCAGGAUCCGUGUUGUAAGGAAGUGACCGAGUGUGUCACCACGUGCCAGGACCCCUGCUGCCAGGAGGUCACCAAAUGUGUCACCACGUGUGUGGAUCCGUGCUGCCAGGAGGUCACCAAGGGCGUCACCACGUGUGUGGAGCCGUGCCAUCAGGAUGUCCCCGCGUGUGUGGAGCCGUGUGGCACGAAGGUCCCCGGGGGCCUGACGCCGUGUUACGAGCCGUGCUGCAAGAAGGUGACCAAGUGGAGCAGCCCCUGGGUGUUCCCGUGGUGCCGGAAAGCGGCCAAGGCCAGCGCCAGAGGCGCGGACCCCUGCUCCAAGAAGGGGGCCAAGUGCAGCUCCAGAUGUGCGGAUCCCUGUCACAGGAAGGUGCCCAAGGGCUCCAGCCCGUGCCAGGAUCCGCGCUGUGUGACCGGGUGUGACCCCGCGUGUGUGGUGGAUCCCUGCUGCCAGGAGGUCACCAAGUGUGUCACCACGUGUCAGGAUCCCUGCUGCCAGGAGGUCACCAAGUGCGUCACCACCUGCCAGGAUCCCUGCUGCCAGGAGGUCACCAAGUGUGUCACCACGUGUCAAGAUCCCUGCUGCCAGGAGGUCACCAAGUGUGUCACCACCUGCCAGGAUCCCUGCUGCCAGAAGGUCACCAAGUGUGUCACCACCUGCCAGGAUCCCUGCUGCCAGGAGGUCACCAAGUGUGUCACCACGUGUGUGGAUCCCUGCUGCCAGGAGGUCACCAAGUGUGUCACCACCUGCCAGGAUCCCUGCUGCCAGGAGGUCACCAAGUGUGUCACCACGUGUGUGGAUCCCUGCUGCCAGGAGGUCACCAAGUAUGUCACCAGGUGUGUGGAUCCGUGUUUCAAGGAGGUCACCAAGUGCAGAACCAGAUGUGUGGAUCCGUGCUGCCAGGAAGUCACCAAAUGUGUCACCAGGCGCCAGGAUCCCUGCUGCCAGGAGGUCACCAAGUACAAAACCAGGUGUGUGGAUCCCUGCUGCCAGGAGGUCACCAAAUGUGUCACCAGGCGCCAGGAUCCGUGUUGCAAGGAGGUCACCAAGUGCAGAACCAGGCGUGUGGAUCCGUGUUGCAAGGAGGUCACCAAAUAUGUCACCAGGUGCCAGGAUCCGUGUUGCAAGGAGGUCACCAAGUACAAAACCAGAUGUGUGGAUCCACGCUGCAAGGAGGUCACCAAGUGCAGAACCAGAUGUGUGGAUCCGUGCUGUCAGGAGGUCACCAAAUGUGUCACCAGGUGCCGGGAUCCGUGUUGCAAGGAGGUCACCAAGUGCAGAACCAGGUGCCGGGAUCCCUGCUGCCAGGAGGUCACCAAAUAUGUCACCAGGUGCCGGGACCCCUGUUGUGUCACCAGCUGUGUGGACCCGUGCUGCGGCAGAGUCACCCAGUGUGUCACCACCAGGUGUGUGGACCCCUGCUGCCAGGGGGUGACCACGUGCCCGGGAGUGACCACCUGCCAGGGAGUGACCACCUGCCAGGGAGUGACCGCGUGCCAGGGAGUGACCACAUGCCAGGACCCCUGCUGCCAGGACGUCACCCAGUGUGUCACCACGUGCCAGGACCGCUGCUGCCAAGGAGUGACCACGUGCCAGGGAGUGACCACGUGCCAGGGAGUGACCCCGUGCCCGGGAGUGACCCCGUGCCCGGCGCCCUGCCGUGUCCCCAGCUGUGCCACCCCUCAGGGCGCCCAGGUUGUCACCAGGUGCGCCGACUCCUGUCCCACCACCUGCGUCACGCAGACGUGCCCGCUGUGCGGCCAGCUCCGCUCCGUCUCCUGCUGCCCCAAAUCCGGGGCUCCCUGA